GAAGCGUUAGCUUGCCUCUGGGUCGCAGUUCUGUGGCGUUUGGGGUUGGGGUUUGGCGUAUCUCCUGUCAGCUCUAUAAAUUCGGCCUUGGUUCUGCGGUCGUGUUCGGCCCCUCCGCGGGAGGAGGGCGCGAAGGCUCGAGUUCAGUUUACCUGGAAAUGUUCUGACAUUUCUAGGGAGGUCGCUGGGCGUGUGGCGAGGCGUUGGGGCCUGUUGGAGUGUUCAUAGGGCGCCUAAAGCAGUCACGUUUGCGCGAUGCUCCGUGGUUUUCAGAGCGUUUCCCCACCUCCCCGGAACUCAUCUCAUUGACGACCUUAACCACCGCUUCAGGUGCAUCAAACGUGCCAAGUGGGAAGGUGCUCUUAAAGUUAACUUACACUUUCAGUGAGUUAGGUCGCAUAGUUAUUUAAUUCCACUUUCUCCUGACGAAACUGAGGCCUUUGAGAAAGGUUAGGUUUCCUCUACAUGACAAAGAAAGACUUGAAAAAUGGUUAAAGAACAUGAAGCGAGAUUCAUGGGUUCCCAGUAAAUACCAGUUCCUGUGUAGUGACCAUUUUACUCCUGACUCUCUUGACAUCAGAUGGGGUAUUCGCUAUUUGAAACAAACUGCAAUUCCAACAAUAUUUUCUUUGCCUGAAGAGAAUCAGGAGAAAGACCCUUCCAAAAAAAAAUCUCAGAAGAAAAAAUUGAAAGAUGAGAAAGAAGUAUGCCUAAAAGCCAAGUCAGAAGAGUCAUUUUCAUCAAAUGAGCCAAAGAAGAAUACAGUUGACACAGACGUCCCCCCUGAACAUGCAGAAUUACUUGAUUCAUCUGCCUUGGUAAAGCUACCAGAUCCAAAAACAGAAAGUUUACAAAAUAAUGUAUUAACUCUUAAUCUGCUUAAACAAGAUACCAGAAAAUCAGAACCUACCUUGGAAACAUCAGUUAGUCAAGACAUAGGUAUAGGUGGUUUUCACACAUCUUUUGAGAAUCUAAAUUCUACAACUAUUACUUUGACAACUUCAAAUUCAGAAGGUAUUCAGCAGUCUUUGGAAGCCCAAGAAGUGCUUGAAAUAACUACCAAUCAUCUUGCUAACCCACACUUCACAAAUAAUUCUGUGGAAAUUAAGUCAGCACAGGAAAAUCCAUUCUUGUUCAGCACAAUUACUCAAAGAGUUGAAGAAUUAAACACAAAUAAAGAAUCUGUUAUUGCCAUUUUUGUACCUACAGAAAAUUCAAAACCUACAAUUAAUUCUUUUAUACCUGCCCCCAAAGAAAAGGUGGAAAUGGAAGAAGACAUAGAUGUUGAAGACUCAUAUAAGGAUGUAGACAAUGAGAUGGAAGUUUUACAGAUUGAGCAUUCUUACUGCAGACAAGAUGUAAGUAAGGAACAUCUUUGGCAGAAAGUCUCUAAACUACAUUCAAAGAUAACUCUCCUUGAGUUACAAGAACAACAAACUCUAGGAAGAUUGAAGUCUUUGGAAGCUCUUAUAAGGCAGCUAAAACAGGAAAACCGGCUAUCUGAAGAAAAUGUCAAGAUUAUAGAAAACCAUUUCACAACGUAUGAAGUUACUAUGAUAUAGGUUAAAGAGGUUUUAAAGCUAUGACUUUUAUGUAAGCUUUUUGUUUGCCAAACCAAAUUAUAUGUAAAGUGAACUUUUUCCUGUGUAAAGUUCUUAUCUUAAUGAAGCUAAGCAAGUGCUCUAAUGUUAUGAACUGCGUCCUGUUCUUGUAAUGCUCAUUUUUGAGAAAAACUAGAGAGUUGUUGGGUAGAAGAAGUGUCAUUACUUGUUAAUUUUCCAAAUUUGAAGUUAAAAUGUAGUGAAUAAAUAAUAUGGUUAAGUCGUAAAAUGAGAGAACACGGAUAUGGUAAACAAGAGCCCAGAAUAGAAAUCAGGCUCAGGAAUCAGUCUUGGUUCUACCAUUGACAUGUGACUUGGACAAGUUACUUAUCAAGAUUCUCAGUCUCUAAUCUGUAAAAAGAGGGCACUUAACUAGACCUCUAACAUAGUCUGUUUCUUUAUAGUUUCUUGCCUUUUUAAUUAGAUACUUUUAAUAGAACAAGUUUUCUAUAUGAUAAUCUUAUACUCACAUAAAACUAGAUGCUGGCUAGCAUUUGAUAUUAUUAACUGUUGGAUUCUUCUCAAUAUUUAUUAAAUUAUGUGUUUCUUGGCCUUUGGGCUAUAGUUUUCUGUGUUAUAAAGGAAAAUACUCCAGUUACAAUUUUAUUCCAAUUGAACUAAAAUAAGGAAUCAACCAUUAGCCCAGUUCUUAGGAGAGGUACUUUAAACUUGAAAGAAUAUGUACCUUAUAUGUGGCAGACCAUCAUAAUACACAGUCAUUUAAGCUUCUUGACACCUUGUAUUUAAGGUUAUAUUUAUAAACCAAAAAUUUCAAUGAGGUUAAAUUUUUUAAUACUUUUUAAAAAUUAUGGUUUUUAUUUAAUAUGUGUAACUUUUAAAAAUGUGUGCAUAAGUUGUUUUAAAAUUCCAGAAUGAUAGAGUAUUACUUAAUGUUACACCUUCCCACUUACAUGUAUUUUAGUAAAAGAAAUUAUAGAUAGGUGGUGAUAACCUUGGAGAGACAAGUAGGAAAGAGAAAUAAUGGUGAUAGAAAUAAAAUGAAACGUAAAAGCGGAGACAUAGUCGUAGCAACACAAAUGUGAAAAAUAGAUGAUCCCUUAGAAUUGGCAGUUAAUAUAAUUAAAUAUGUUACUCUUUAUGGUAUUAAGCAAAUUCCUGUCAGCCUGAUUCUUAGUUUUCUCAUCUGUUAUAUAAAAAAUACUGUUACCUAUUUUGAAGGAUGGUUUUUUGAAUUCUGUAAGGUAGUAAAUGUGUUUUUGGUGCCAGAAAAUAGGAGGUGCUCAAUAAAUAUUAGUUGACUACACAGCAAAUAGUAUACUAAUUGUUUUGUAAAUGGAUGAUUAUUUGGGGCCAUAUGUCACUUAGUUUUUUUAGGCUAAUAAAAUUAAUUAGUAUAUGAGUGUGUGUCAGCUAAUUAUAAAAAGUUGAUUAGUGGUGUCCUUAUUGUGUGGCUAUGGGUGGGGCAAAAUUCCUUAAAAUUUUUGCAUAAAUUAUGUGUAUAUAAUUGGUAAAGUUGAUGUGAUGUUAUUUUUAAGUUGCAUUUUGCUGGUAUUUAAAAUAAAUAAUAUAGAUGUAAAUAGCCUUUUUAAGUCAUUAUAAAAUAUGUUGUACAUUGUAGUUAUUUUCUAUUUAAAGUUAUAGUUUACUCAGGAAUAAUUUAAACUAGUUGUGUUUCUUUAAACUACUAAAUUAUAAGUAUUUAAGAUACUUCCUUGGCUUUUCUAUAUUCAGUUCAGAAUGUUCCCUCUAACUCAGUUAACCAAUAAAUUUUAUUUGGGGGUUCUGACCAACUUUAUUUCUUACUUACAUUCUUAUAGCAGCCUCUUAACUAGUAGUACCUAUAUUUUCAAUCUCCUGCUUCCAUAUUUUCCUGGACUCUGCUAUCAGCUUUUUACCUAAACUAUAGAUGUAGCUGUAUCACCUGCACACCACCUAACUUUCCUAGCUCAGAAUUCUGUAAUCACUCUUUAAUACCUAUAGAAUUAAGCAAAACUUGUUACUAUCAUGUAUAUGAUCCUCUGUGAUUCUGUUCAUCCUGUGUUCUAGCCACACUGGACUUCUUAGCAUUUCUCAAACAUGCUAGACAGGUACUUGUUUUUGUGUCUUCUUAUUUUACUCUCUAAAUUCAACCAGUCUGUUAAAAUUGUAUUUCGAUUUUGUUGGAAUGUCAUCCCUUCUUACCAGUCAAAAUUGUUUUUUCUCUGUUCCUACAGGGCUUUGUCUUAUAACACUGAGCUUUGUUCUAUAACACCGUAACAGUGUUUACACUGUAUAUCAUGACGUUAUCCAUAGCUUUCUCUUCGACUGGACUGUAUGCUUUUUGAAAGCAGAAUUUUUAUUCACUUUCGUUUCUUUGACAAUGUAAUAUUAACUCAAUAAAUGUUUGGAUGAAUAUUUUGAA